GUCAUGCCUCUAGGGAUCCUCGAGCCGAAGGCGAAGAAAGUGCCAGGAACGGCGAAUGUGUUGGAUCAAGAAUGGAAACGAGAUCCGACAUUGAGACGAGACAAAACCGGCAACAUCAUCUUGGUACCACAACCAAGCGAAGAUCCAAAUGAUCCUCUGUCGUCCUGGCUGUCGUCUUCAAAGUCAAGUUUCAAGAUGCUGCACUACUUACUGCGUACCACCUCUGUGGUGAACAUUNNAGUCGGCUUCAUAACAUCCAACGACUCUCUAGGCUGGCAAUGGUCCUUCUACUUCCUCUCCAUCUUCAUGGGCGCCGGCUUCGUCCUCCUCUUCCUUUUCCUCCCAGAAACAGCCUACCAACGUCCUCGCUACCUUCAGAUCGACAUCAAUGUAGGCCCAGUAGCCUUCCACGACACCCCUUCCUUCCCGCCAAAACGUUCUUUUCUGCAUAGGCUUCCCCCAUUCAGUGGCCGUAAAACAGAUGAAAGCUUUCUCAAGCUACUAUUCAGACCUUUCCCGCUGUUCUUGCAACCAGCAGUGGCGUGGGGCUGUCUCAUGCAAGGUGUGAUAAUCGGGUGGACGGUUAUCGUCGGCGUGAUCCUCGCAAUAAUAUUUCUCGGUCCACCUCUCUUCUUCACUGAAGAAGACGCAGGAAAAAUGUACACUGCAGCGUUCAUCGGCUCUGUCUUAGGUCUCAUUCUCGCAGGAAUCUACACCGAACUCGUUACUAGAUUCUUGAUUCUGCGAAAUGGAGGUCAAUACGAGCCAGAAUUCCGUCUCGCGCUGGUGAUACCAACACUUGUUUUCUCCGGGAUAGGACUCUAUGGCUUUGGCAUCGCGGCGUCAGAUAUCGAGAAAUACGGCUGGAUAACAAUCGAGAUCUUCCUCGCUUGCAUCACAAUAUCCAUGGUUAUGGGAGCUACAGCCUCUGCUCAGUAUCUGCUGGACGCGCACCGAGAUAUCGCGAUUGAGACGUUUACCUGCUUGAUUAUAUUCAAGAACAUCUUUUCGUUUGUACUUGCUUACUAUGCUUAUCAAUGGGUUCUGGAACAAGGCUUCCAACGCAUGUUUGUCACUUUCGGGAGUAUUGAGGUGGGCAUUUGUUUGUUGAGCAUUCCUAUGUAUGUGUUGGGGAAGAGGAACAGAGAAUUCUUCUACCGCCACGAUAUACUUAAGUUGGCGAGGUUGAGGUAG